CCAGCGCCCUAGUGCCGCUGCCGGGGAGGGAGAGAGGAGAGGAGCGGCGGAGGAGAAGAAGAAGAAGGGGGGGAGCCGGGCGGGCCGCGCCGCGCCAUGCGGCUGUGCGGGGCGCUGCUGAAGAGCCCCAUCCCCAAGCAGAUCGAGUACUACUCCCGCUUCUCCCCCUCGCCCCUCUCCAUCAAGCAGUUCCUCGACUUCGGUCGUGACAAUGCAUGUGAGAAGACUUCCUAUAUGUUUCUGCGGAAAGAACUUCCUGUGCGACUAGCUAACACAAUGAGAGAAGUCAAUUUGUUGCCUGAUAACUUACUUAACCGGCCUUCAGUUGGGCUAGUACAGAGUUGGUACAUGCAGAGUUUCCUUGAGCUUUUAGAAUAUGAAAAUAAAAGUCCGGAGGAUCCGCAUGUUCUGGAUGACUUUUUAGAUGUUUUAAUUAAAGUCAGGAACAGACACAAUGAUGUGGUUCCAACCAUGGCGCAAGGGGUGAUUGAAUACAAGGAAAAAUAUGGCUUUGAUCCAUUUGUUAGCAGUAACAUCCAGUAUUUUCUAGAUAGAUUCUACACCAACCGCAUCUCUUUCCGUAUGCUUAUUAACCAACACACACUUCUUUUUGGUGGAGAUAUUAAUCCUGCUCAUCCCAAACAUAUUGGAAGUAUCGAUCCUAACUGUAACGUGGCAGAGGUGGUUAAAGAUGCCUAUGAAACAGCUAAGAUGUUAUGUGAACAGUACUAUCUGGUGGCACCGGAUCUGGAAGUUGAAGAAUUCAAUGCUAAAGCUCCAAACAAGCCUAUUCAAGUAGUCUAUGUACCUUCUCAUUUGUUUCAUAUGUUAUUUGAAUUAUUCAAGAAUUCAAUGAGAGCUACGGUGGAAUUGCAUGAAGGUAAGAGAGAAGGCUAUCCAUCGAUCAAAACCUUAGUCACUUUGGGGAAAGAAGAUCUGUCUAUUAAGAUAAGUGAUCAAGGUGGAGGUGUACCUUUAAGAAAAAUAGACAGAUUGUUUAACUACAUGUACUCAACAGCACCCAGGCCUAGCUUGGAGCCCUCAAGAGCUGUGCCUUUGGCUGGGUUUGGCUAUGGCUUGCCAAUUUCUCGUCUGUACGCUAGGUACUUUCAAGGUGACCUUAAACUCUACUCAAUGGAAGGCGUUGGUUCAGAUGCUGUAAUUUAUUUGAAGGCCCUUUCAAGUGAAUCAUUUGAAAGACUUCCUGUUUUUAAUAAGUCAGCAUGGCGACACUACAAGACCACACCUGAAGCAGAUGACUGGAGCAAUCCUAGCAGUGAACCGAGGGAUGCUUCUAAAUAUAAAGCUAAUCGAUAAUUUGCCACCUUUUGUCUCUGUUGGAGGUGACCUCUGCAUUCAGUAUAAAGUCUCUGCUUUGUUCCAAAAUCCUUCAAACCACAAUAGCUAAUUACUUCCAAACAAAGACCUAAUCAGGGCAUUGAAAAAUACUAAGAACAAAGUGAUGAUUGGGACUUAAAGGAAGGCACUAAGCACAUUUGGUAUGUGAAUCCUGUCUACUUCACCAGAAUAUGCUUGGUUGCUUCAGUCAUGCAUUGACAAAAGGGAUUGCACUGUGAUUGCACUUAAGAAUACAACGUUGUACAAAAAGAUACUAUUUGAAAUGGCCAAUUCUUAUUCCAAUAUAAGGAUUGUCAAGAUGUGCAGAAUCCCUUUAAAUGGUGAAUAGUAUCUUGCACAGCAAUAUGGUAUAAGAAAAAUUCUGAUGUAGUUAAACAUACGCUUUGAAAAUCCACUCUUGGCUGCAUUUUAUAUCACACAGUGUCACCUGUUACAGAAAAUCCCUUUGAGCUCUUCAGAUCUUAUAUCUAAUGAGCUUAUAAAUGCAUAGGUCUAAAAAGGGUUGGGCAGCUUUAAACUGAUGCUUUCCCCAAAUUCCCAAAUCCAUUUGUCAAGUGCAUACAAAAAUUAUGUUGUUAUAAGACCUUGGGACUUCCACUUUUUGGUAUGCACCUUAAUGAUUUUUUUGACACGCAAACACAGAAAUGCAUUUCUAUACAUUUUUCCUUGUUUUGAGGAAAGAUCAUUAGUAGUUAGAUCAUCUCUCCAUACAAGAAAUUCUGUCAGUACAGGGGCAGGGGGGUACUUCAAUUUCAUGUUUAUUGCCUAUCAUUUUGGGGGGGCUGGGAAGGGGAGAGAAAUGCUGAAAGGCCAGACAGCCAGUCAUACGAAUGAAUUUGCCUUAAGAGUGUUGGUUGCUUGGAACCUGAUUAGUUUAAAACCUGUAAAUAGUUUGCAAAGUUAUUUAUAUAUUCGAUGUCUGACUAUAGUCUGGUAAUCUCAAUUUGUAGUGUAUAUAAAGAUGUUGUACACCAGCUUUUGGAAAGUGUCAUUGGUCUAAAUACAUGAAACUGGAAAUACUGUAGAAAUGGGAGGGACAAAACAUAGCUGGUACCUGAUUUAUGAAAAAAAAAAAAUCAAAGAAAAAACCUAAGUAUUUUCCCCUUAAAUUUAUUGUAAGGGUUAUUGCUGACUACUAGGAAACUGUUCUUCACCAAGUCUUUGCCAAUUACUGUUUCUGAUAUUAUGGCCUUUAGAAAAAUUUGUGAAACUUGGAAGUUCUAGUGAUAUCCUAGCUGUGGGAAUGAAGUAGUGAGUCAUAAGCAACUCUGAUGCACCCUCAGUUUCUCUUAGGUGUUUUGAUAUUUUUUUGAACGAUGUUGCAGAUUUUAGCGUGGAAUAAUGAAACUUGUUUACUAAAAUUGUGGGGGAACUGUCCCUUUUGUCCUCCCAAUGUUUAUUUUUAUAAAGAAUUGAUCUAUUAGGUAAACAGGGAAAUGCUGAGAAAUUCCUAGGUAUUUAAAAAAAAAAAAUCUGAGUUUGACUUAACGAUAGUACUUUGCACUUACAUAGCACACUUCAUCAAAGGAUUACAAAGUGCUUUGAGCAAUAAACUUCAUAUAGCCCCA